AUGAAGAUCAACCAUUGAUGAUGGAAGAUGCACGGUGAUGAUGCUGAUGAUGAUGGGUGAUGGACGAUGAACGGUGGGAACGGAAUGAAGCAGGAGCAGCGAAGAAUGAAGAAAAGGACGAUCGAAGAAGAUGGGGAGGAGCAGAAGCCGGUGCGAACCAUCCCCCUCUCGAGGUCCUGGCCGUGUGACUCAUAUUAUUGGUGGCCGACGAGUAAUGGAAUGUACAGCGUAAGGUCAGCAUAUUGGCUCGGUAUGAUAGGACACACUCGUACAUGGGAGCUGAAUUUUGGGGCAAGGGAAUCGGAUAUGUGGUCGUGGGUAUGGAGACUUGAUGGGCCACCUAAGCUAAGCCACUUCAUGUGGCGUGCCUGCAAAGGAAGCCUAGCUACAAUGGGGGUGUUGUUUAGACGUCAUAUACGACAAUCUAUGGUAUGUAAUGUCUGUGGUGCACCUGAUGAGUCUAUCCUGCAUACACUUUUUGAAUGCAAACACGCACAACUGAUAUGGGCAAGUAGUGAGUUUGUGGAUUACCUUAGGGACGCACCAGUCUCUUCUUUCGCUAAGAGAUUUGUGUGGUUUGCCAGCAAGCUAUCGAAGGAGAAGCUACGUUUGUUUGCUACCCUUGUGUGGGCAUGUUGGUGCUGUCGCAAUAAAGCAGUCUUCGAGGGAGGGGAGGUCGAGCCUGUGGAGGUGGCGGCUGGUUUUGUCCGUUUUGUGAACGACUACACGCAGUACAAUGAGAGGGUGGCAGUACACGCUACUGGCCCUGUGGUUACGUCAGCUAGCAGUUGGAACCCACCACCACAUGGAACAGUGAAGGUUAAUGUAGACGCCCAUACUUUCAGCACUGGUGUGGGGGUGGGAGUGGUGAUUAGAGACUACAGGGGAGUGAUACUCGCAGCUGCGGUGAAGCGCACUGACGCAGCCUGGUCAGCUGAGGUGGCAGAAGCUUCGACGGCUCUAUAUGGGGCUGCUCUGGCAAGGAGGCUCGGUUACGACAAGGUGAUCCUUGAAUGUGAUGCCAUGAACGUAGUUCGAACGAUUGACAAAGGUGAAGAAGGUGCGGCUCCAAUUUUCCUAUUUUAUGAGGAUAUCAGGAAGGUCAUAUCACAUUUCUCUUUCUUUAAAUGUAUCCAUGUUAGGAGAGGAGGCAAUACAGCCGCCCAUUUAGUAGCAAGAUGGGAAGUCGAAUUUGGUUCGGAACGCAUAUGUAUGGGCUGCUUCCCCCAAAGUUUAACAACUUUGGCAGAACUUGAUUUAACUUAAUAUAAUUGCCCGUUUUUUCCCUCAAAAAAAAUUAGAGAUGAGUUUGAGGCGAGGUGGGGCGGAACGGGGCCUACAAACCCGUAGCUUCCUACAGUUCUCAUCCUCAUCCCCUUACAUCCACCAUAUGAGCAUACCUACCCCUCCCAAUCCCUGUCUCGAGGUACAAAAUAAAAUUUAUCCCCUCUUCACCACCUCCUCUCUUGUGUAUACUCACUCAUUUCAUAAGAGUUUUGAAUUUUAAAACUCUAUUAUAGAGUCUUGAUAAUUCGUCUGUCUGAUUAGACUAAUUGAGUAAAUAAACAAAACAUUAUAAUAUGUAAGUUAGUAAUAGUUAUAUAUAUAUAUUCAUAAUCAAUUAGAUGAGCGAUUCGACGUGAUCAGGUCCAAUCUAAAAUCCAUCUCGCCCCGUCACACGCGAUGAAUACAUUUUUUAACCCCGUCACCCACCAAAAUUUCCUCCAUUCCCGCCCACUUAGGGCGGAUGCAUGGGUAGAUCUCCCAAAAAACCCGCCCUACAUACAAUCUGACAUCCCUAUGUUCGAUAAAUAAUUCACUUUUCCUUUCAACUAACCUUUAAAUAUGUUGACAUAAUUUUAUUCCGAAGUAUUAAAAUUGAUUGAAUUAGAUAUAAUAAAAGUGACAUACGUAAUUAGGAUUUGAUUAGUGUUAUCAAAUCUAAUCAAUUCAAACUCGCUCCAUCACUAAGGUGGAUACAUAUUACCUUAUACCCGCCCACCAACAACGUAACAAAUCUUUAUUUGUUAAGUCAA